AUGGUGAAGCGUGGCGCAAAACUGAAGAAUCAGAACUUCAACGAUGACGAUCAAGGUUCUGAGGUUCGUACGAGGUCGAUCACACCGAAUCGCGACGAACCUGAUGAAGUUUCCGCAAAACAUCAACAAUUUCGCAGCUCGGUGAUUCGCGAUGGAGUUAGUUCGACGCUGAUGCCGACGGAAUCGUAUGAUAGCACUCAUAGUCCCUUCUUCCUUCAUUCCGCCGAUCAUCCAUGUCUAUCUAUCGUCUCUCAUACUCUUGACGGAACGAAUUACAAUAGCUGGUCAAUUGCGAUGAAGAUUAGUCUCGAUGCGAAGAACAGAUUAGGUUUCAUAGACGUAUCUUUGGUUAGGCCAUCUAUUGAUGAUCGAUACUUCAAGAUCUGGAGUCAUUCUAAUAGCAUGGUGAAAUCGUGGCUUUUGAAUGUGGUUAAUAAGGAAAUCUAUGAUAGCAUUCUUUACUAUGAAGAUGCAGUAGAGAUGUGGGAUGAUUUGUUCCGGCGUUUCAAAGUCAAUAAUCUACCGCGGAAGUAUCAACUUGAACAGGCAGUGAUGACGCUCAAGCAAGGUGAUUCAGAUCUAUCUACAUACUUCACCAAGAAGAAGACGUUAUGGGAGUAA